AUGGCCAUUUCCGAGGGCUCGGUCCUGCAGAAGGAUUACCUUGAGGCCAUCUCUAUACCGGAGGCUUGGAGUAUCCUGGACUCUACUCCCAAGAGAACACCUGUGACCAUCGCAGUUAUAGACGACGGAAUCGAGGCCGCUCACCCUGACUUGAAGGGUACCGUCAUCAAGGGCUACAACGUCGUUGAUAAGAAUGAUGAUACCAGUCCUCGAGGACGGCAUGGCACUUGCAUGGCUGGCAUCGUUGGUGCUAUCAGAAAUAACAAGAUCGGCAUGGCGGGUAUCCUGGACAGUGUGCGUAUACUGCCCAUAUUCGACGGUGAAGUUCUGAGCUACUCUGCAAUCGAGGAUGCUUUCACCUAUCUGAUCAAUAAGAGGAGAGAUGAUGUGAAAGUUAUUCUCAUGACGGAGGGAAUGGCCACGUGGAUCUGGACAAGACCCCAUACUUUCCUUGUUCCUUCGGCCGUUCGCCCGCUGAUGGAGUGCUAUGUGUGGCUGGAACGUAUGCAGCUUACGGACGAAAGCAAUUUUGGUUCAGCUGUGGACAUCGCCGCUCCAGGUUACGAUAUAGUCCAAACUAGCCUUGAAGGGGAGUACGGCUGGGGUUCGGGCACUUCGGCUGCCGCCGCCAUCGUAGCAGGUAUAGCUGGGAUGCUCUACUCCCUUGAACCAUCUGUGGAGACUAGGCUGACCCCUGCUUACAUCAAAAAAAUCAUCAAGGAUACGGCCACCAAAGGUGUCAAGGACAGUAAAGGAAAAAAGACUCUCUCAUUCGGCCGCGUGAAUGCUGCAGCGGCUGUCAAGAAGAUACUUGGAAGAAAGAAGGUAUAA